AUGACACCUACUAUCAACCCACCAGUAAGUAAGCCUAAUCCCACAGUCCGGAACCAUAGGCAAUGGACCAUCACAAGCAGAAGAAAAAGAAAUAAUAAUGAUAAUAAUAAUAAUAGUAAUAGUAAUAAUAAUAAUAAUAAUAGUAAUAAUAAUAAUAAUAAUAAUAGAAAUAAUAAAAAUAAUAAUAAUAAUAACAAUAAUAAUAAUAGUAAUAAUAAUAAUAAUAAUAAUAAUAAUAUUAAUAAUAAUAAUAACAAUAAUAAUAAUAAUAGUAGUAGUAGUAGUAAUAAUAAUAAUAAUAAUAAUGAUAAUAAUAAUAAUAAUAAUAAUAAUAAUUAUUAUUAUUAUAGUAAUAAUAGUAAUAAUAAUAAUAAUAAUAGUAAUAAUAAUAAUAGUAAUAGUAAUAGUAAUAGUAAUAGUAAUAGUAAUAGUAAUAGUAAUAAUAGUAAUAAUAAUAGUAAUACUUGUAAUAAUAAUAGUAAUAGUAACAAUAGUAAUAAUAAUACUAAUAAUAAUAAUAGUAAUAAUUGUAAUAAUAAUAAUAAUAAUAAUAAUAAUAAUAAUAGUAGUAGUAGUACUAGUAAAAAUAGUAAUAGUAAUAGUAAUAGCAAUAAUAAUAGUAAUAGUAAUAAUAAUAAUAAUAGUAAUAAUAAUAAUAAUAAUAAUAAUAAUAAUAAUAAUAAUAAUAAUAAUAAUAAUAAUAAUAAUAAUAAUAAUAUUAAUAUCAAUAAUAAUAAUAGUAAUAACAAUAAUAAUAAUAAUAAUAGUAAUAGUAAUAAUAAUAAUAAUAGUAAUGAUAAUAGUAGUAGUAGUAAUAAUAAUAAUAAUAAUAAUAAUAAUAAUAAUAAUAAUAAUAAUAAUAAUAAUAAUAAUAGUAAUAGCAAUAAUAAUAAUAUUAAUAGCAAUAAUAAUAUUAAUAAUAGCAAUAAUAAUAAUAAUAGUAAUAGUAAUAAUAAUAAUAAUAGUAAUGAUAAUAGUAGUAAUAAUAAUACUAAUAAUAGUAAUAUUAAUAAUAAUAAUAGUAAUAAUAAUAGUAAUAAUAAUAAUAAUAGUAAUAAUAAUAGUAAUAGUAAUAAUAAUAGUAAUAGUAAUAAUAAUAAUAGUAAUAAUAAUAGUAAUAGUAAUAGUAAUAAUAAUAGUAAUAAUAAUUAUAAUAGUAAUAAUAAUAUUAGUAAUAAUAAUAAUAAUAGUAAUAAUAAUAAUAAUAAUAAUGAUAAUAAUAAUAAUAAUAAUAAUAGUAAUAGUAAUAGUAAUAGUAAUAGUAAUAGUAAUAGUAAUAGUAAUAAUAAUAGCAAUACUAAUAAUAGUAAUAGUAAUAAUAGUAAUAAUAAUAAUAAUAAUAAUAAUAAUAAUAAUAAUAAUAAUAAUAAUAAUAAUAAUAAUAAUAAUAGUAAUAAGAAUAAUAACAAUAACAAUAAUAACAAUAAUAAUAACAAUAAUGAUAACAAUAAUAAGAAUAAUAAUAAUAACAACAAUAAUAAUAACAAUAAUAAUAACAAUAAUAAUAAGAAUAUAGUCUGA